AUGUCACCUCCCACCAAAGACGACAUUUUUGCGUACGCACUUUCCAAAACUCUGACCAGAGUUUCCUCGCCGGCGACCGUGGGACUUUACUCCUCGUGUCAGAGUCGCAUCAGGCGAGUCCUCCGCAAGAUGGAAGUGUUCCUGACACGUGAAACCGUGCGACUGGAACUGGAAGAAGAACACAAGGAGAAGUCCCGCCCCCGCCCAGUCAAGCCUUCACUUUGCAGCAUGCUGGCGCUGUUGGGGCGCCUGUUGUUCUACAAGCCCAUUUGGACCACGGAGAACCAGGACCAUUACAACGUCCGCUUCAUCUACGUCAACUUCAGCGCCUGGCACUUUGCAGGAAGUGACCUGCUGUGGGCGGGGCUCGCCAUACGACUCCUUCAAGCCGUGGAAAUUCAUUUUGGGAAACUUCUGUUGGUGUUGUAUCGAGUGGCUCAACACCACAAAGAAGAGGAGAUCAAAAAUAAGAUAGUGGUGGCCGGUCCUCAUCAUUGGAGGUCCAAGCGGAUUUGUUGCUGCCCCCUGUGGUGUUUCAUCCUGCUCAGUCUUCUGGUACCAAUAAUCCUCCUGAUAUUCCUCCACUUGACCUUCGGACUUUCCAAAAUUGUGGGAAAACCCAGUCCAAAAGUCAACGGUUCUGCGAGCCACGCCGGUGGGCUGGAGGGCCUGCUCAUCGCUUUAUUUGGAGUCCCGGCCUCCACCGUGCUGGCGUUCCUCUUCAAGAUGGGCAAGAGCCUCGUCUUCAGCCAGGAGCGCAACAUCCAGAGAGGUAUGGACAACGACCGGGUCAGUGCCAAGCUGGGCUUCAUGAACAAAGUCCGGAAGGAAAUGUGGCUCAUCUCUCGCUACGUGGAGUUCAUGGAAGUGUUCGAGAGACGCAGAAUCCGAGUGGUGCUCAGGAUCACCGAUCUAGACCGUUGCUCACCUCGAAAGAUCGUAGCCGUUUUAGACGCCAUCAACAUUCUACUGUCAGACGAGGACAGUCCAUUUAUUUCAGUUCUGGCCGUAGACCCAGAAAUGAUAGUGCAGAAGGUGAACUUCGCCGAAGGCUGCUUCUGUAGAGAAGACCGAGGUUAUGCGCUGUUGAACCGCAUUGUGACUCUGGCCUUCACCGUCCCACCGCUUUGUGACGAUUCAAAGCUCUGUUUGUUCCAAAACUUGGCCAGCGGUUCAAGAACUCUGGAGGACCUAAACGAAGAUCAAACUGAAGGCUUGAAAAUAAACUUUUCAGACCCAUCAGGAGUGGAGGUCCGAUCAGAGACCAACGAGUACUAUCCGCUGAUAGACAGAGACCUUGGACUCCAUGUCACUGAAGCAGACAUAGAAAAUUGCGUCAAAAGGAGCGUUGGCAGCAUUGAGAGGAAGUUGAAGGAGUACUUCUUCGACGACGCCAUGUCGAUGAGGAGAGUGGUCAACACGAUUCGUGUGACGGUGAUCAUAACGAAGGCCUUGAAGACCAAGCUCCCUCAGCCGGACCUCAUAGCAGCCUGGGUGGUCCUGGCCAACCAGUGGCCCUGCCGACUCAGCUGGAUCAUCCAGUGCGUGGAAGACGCUCUCCAGAGAGCCGAGAUCGAUCGCGACGAGUCUGUCGCGGACGGUUCUAAAACCCUGUGGAAGGUCUUCAGCGAGUCCAGAGCGGAGCUGUAUGUGAUGCGUGGACAGAUCGAAGACCUUCUCGACCAGGAUGGAGAUCCCGAGAUGUUUGAGAGAUUCCUCAAACUGGACUUCCGGUUGACCGUAGAGGACUUGAAAGCCUUCAAUGUGGUCACUGUGAACCUGAAUCACUCCCUUAAGAAAGAACUGGCUCAGAUCCGAGGAACGUCCAGGCUGAACGAUUCCGCUUGGACGAGGACCUUCGCUCCUUUGCCGAUCACUUCUAUAAUCAAUAUGGAUUCAGAAGAUAUAUGUAAAGAGCUAGAGAAGAUGAAAUACCCCGAAAAGUAUGCAGAUAUUGUCAAGGUCAACGGCAUCAGUGGCUCAGCACUGGUAUUUGGCAACCAAGAUGACAUCAAAAAAUUGCUGGACAUGACUUUUGGUGAAUGGACUACUUUCCGACUUCGCUUCCUGGGGUCUCCGCUACGCAAGCAUCUGCCAAGACCCUCUUCUUCCCACCAGGACACUCACCAUCACCCACAUCUGACUAGCAGCUGA